AGCACAUUGGGGGCGGCGCACUACCGUGUGGUUUGUUUCUCAAAAUCCCACGGAAACUUCAAGGGUUUAGCUUUUAUUUUCUAAGGUCAUUCGUCACCGUGAGGAUAAAUUUCGCAAGAUAGUUAAAUAACUGCAUCUGGGGUAGGGGGUUGUUGUAUUUAAUGUCAAAUUAUCUUUCACUGUAAUUUGGACAACGCUUUCCAAUAAUAAUCUAGUGGCGCGACCUCCGCGCAAAGGACCUUCACAAAGCACUUACUGAAAAUACCCUGAAUAUUGUGCAACGUUUGAUGUGUGAUGGAAUUCCCAAAAAUCUAUCACAAGGUUUUUCAUUUAUACCUAUCUGCAUAGUUAUUGGACCUUAUCAAGGAGCUGUCACGUACGCUAUUUAGCAUGGACUCUUAGCAAAAACACUAAAUUAGAUUUUGGAUGGGAUAGUAUCGGGGUUUUAUUUGUCCAUAGCCCGUUAUACUGCCCUCUUCAACUAGUGUGGGUGCUGUUAAAGGGAAAAAUUCAGCAUGCAGGUCAAGAAAUGGCUAGAUUCAUCGCCCGUAAGAAAGCCACAGCACGCCACCACAUCAAGGUCUCUUAUGUGAUAUUAGCACACGCAUGAGCUGCUGCGGUGGUUUUCUUUGCAAAAUAUUUAUUUUUAAUUUUACCAACGAAUCUUGUAGAAUAAAUGCUAGCGCGUAAAUACCUUAAAGGAGGUUUACCCUUUAAACAUAUAUAUAUAUAUAUAUAUAUGUAUUGAGUUAAUUCUUCUGCUAUGAGCAGUUGCAUAGGGCUUGCAGAUAAAUCCUUGAAUUUAUUGCAUCUUUGUUUUUAUUCUAAUUAAUAUAUAUAUAUUUCACUGGAAAAGGUGAUAUGCUUUCUUUUUUCGAAAACAUCGACAAAUAGCGAAAAUGACUGAGAUGAUUAUACUAAAAAUCAUAUUUUCCGUUUGUUUUCUAUGUGUGGAAAUUGCUGUACAUGUCCUGAAAAAUUGUGCUAUUGGUAGACUUUAUGUCACGCAUGGACACUUUUUAAUCCGCAAUUCAGUAUUUUCUAUGUUGACGGUCUCUUGCAGCUUGUGUCACGGCUUGCCGUAAAGUUCAUUUUGAUCGAUUGCAAUGAUGGUUUAAAACUAUAGCACAUCGAAACAGACUGAACCCAACUACUCUCUAUGUACUUGUUAUUUCAACCUCCUUCUAGGUGGCUUUAUACAUUUUUGUAUUAAGCGGUUUAGAAAUGUUUACUACUUGUUUAUAGUCUUUAUUUACACAUGUAAAUGAUCAACACGCUGGGGGUUGUUUCAUUUAUGUUUAGUUUGGUAUCCUGUAUGUUGUCAUUUAGCAGAUAGCUUUUAGAGCUUGUCAUAUCAAGACUAAACAAAUAUUUUUAUUUAUUAAUUUUAACACUUAUUGACAAUGACCGACACCGCUUUUACUACAAUUCUGGGUCCUCCAGGAAUUGAGGGUGACUACAAGUACAAAAAAAGAAAGUUGAUUGGUACUGGAUCCUUUGGCGAGGCCUGGCUAGUUGAACGAUCUUUGGAUAGGCAAAUCUUUGUAGCCAAGACAGUCGAUCUUAGCAGAAUGUCAUCCCGUGAUUGUAAUUACGCAUACAGUGAAAUUAAAUGCCUGUCAAACAAUGAUCACCCCAAUAUUAUUAAGUACAUUGAAGAUACUAAAGAAAAUGAUCAGCUUCUUAUUAUAAUGGAAUUUGCUGACUCAGGCGAUCUGGACCGAGAAAUAAAGCGAAGGGCCGUAAACUUCAGGUACUUUCAGGAGCAUGAGGCUCUCUUUUUGUUUAUUCAGCUUUGUUUAAGCAUUGAUCAUAUUCACAGUCGUAAGAUGCUACACCGUGACAUCAAGUCCGCAAAUGUGCUCUUAACAUCGACAGGACUCAUCAAACUAGGUGAUUUCGGCUUUAGCCACCAGUAUGAUGAUACGGUAUCGGGUGUUGUGGCAAACACCUUUUGUGGGACACCCUAUUGUCUUGCUCCUGAACUUUGGAGCAACCAAAGGUACAGUAAGAAGGCCGAUAUAUGGUCUUUGGGUGUUGUACUGUAUGAGAUUAUGGCAUUGAAGCGACCAUUUAACUCCACUAAUAUGAAGGGGCUUAUGGCCAAGAUACUUAAUGUCGAUUAUGACUUGCUUCCAGAAAACUUCUCUCAGGAGUUCAGAGAUGUAGUGCGUCAGAUUCUUGUAAGUGAUGCGAGUGAGCGCCCUACCGUUCACGAUAUCUUUAGAUUUCCUUAUAUUUACGAGGGCCUCAAGGUUUUUAUGCAUACCAUCAAGAAGAAUUCACGCAUUGCAGAUCCUGUAAAGGAGGCCUUAAUCACACACGUGAGGGAAAUUCUUUCAUCUAAGAGCCUAGAGACAGGAGUGGGUUCAAAGAAUGUGGAAAACACUGAAAUUAAUACGGGUAUCACGUUUACAGGCUAUGUUAAAAAAAAUAAAGGCGGCGACACAAACCAUUCAUGGAAGCGGCGCUACCUGCAGAUUCAAAAGCGAUGUCUCAUCUUGUCCGACUCGGAGACGGACACAGAGGGGAAAGCUCUAGGCUUAGAGCAGAUACAAAGUUUGUGUCCAGUCCCACUUAGUAUUUGUAAAAAAAAUUUUGUAUUUGCUCUUAAUACUACUGGCGGAAAGUCAAUGUGGUUUGAGUCCAACUCUCAACAAAAUAUGGAGGACUGGAUUAAUACACUCAAAAAGUGUCUUAGUGCUGCAUAAUAAAACUCGCCUAGAAUCCUUUAUAUUUCAUAAAUCUUGUGUAUUUCUUGUUUAUUUCAUUCAUUUCUGUAUAUAGUUGCAUUCAAACAAUCUAAAUUUUAGGUUUCAUUAAACUUAAUAUCGUACUCAGUUUUUGCAUAGGUCUUUGUGUUCAUCUGCGUCAU